UGUGGCCGACAAUGAAAUUAUUUCACAUUUAAGACAAACUGGAUCACAGGCAGCAGACGCAGGGAAUCUCUCAGACAAUCAACAAACCUUUACACAGGACAUCCAUGCAGUGCUGAGAGAGAUGAGCGCCUCAUUGGCUGGACUGAAGGUGGAGAUGAGGUACCUACAGAGAGAUUAUGAAGCUAAAACGAGAGAACUGGAGCUGCAGAAAGAUGAAUUAGACAAGCUGAAACAACAGUACCAAGCUCAGGCAGGAGAGCUGAGCAGUGUUAAAGCCCUGGCAAACAUCACUGAAGAUCAAGUGGAGUCUCUGAGAAGAGAAGGAGAAGUUAAUACGAAGGAACUGGAGGUGCAGAAGAAAGAGUUCGACAAGCUGAAAGAACAACACCAAGCUCAUGCAGAGGAACUGCUGAGAGUUCAAACCAGGGCAAACGUCACUGAAAAGCAGGUGGAGGCUCUGAGGAGAGAAGGAGAAGUGAAAAAAGUGGCUUUCUCAGCUUCCUUGAUGGCUUCAGGCAACCAAGGAGAAACUGGACCAUUCAACACACACACACCGUUGGUCUUCAGACAUGUUGUUUCAAACAUUGGAAAUGCCUACAACCCAAAUACAGGUUUUUUCACAGCUCCAGUCAAAGGAGCCUACCACUUUGAGUUCUAUAUCUAUGGACAUGGACACUGCUUCAUAUCCUGCAGCUGCUGUGUUGACCAGGAACGGAGAGCAUAUUUUUAUUGCAUAUGA